CGAGCGGGGCUGUGGUUUGUAGAUCGGAGCAGCUGUGCUCCCUGCGUUAAACGUUCAUAAGUUUUAAAUAUGGCUGCUGGUGGAGGAUGUGUAAUUGCUGUGGAUGUAGUAAACGUUGCGACGGCUCGGUAAACAUGUCAGGGGUGCUAUGUCAUGAUGUCAGUAGGCGGUUGUAGAUGUACGAUGAAAAUGCUGUCGAGCCUUGUCGGUAAUGAUGCAUGAGUCGCGGUUAUGGCGCUACAGUUGAGUCGUCGCUAGCCUCGAAGGCACCGAGAGCGCCUAACGCCGCCAGUGUUAUCCUACGUAGCUCGGUAACGUUGUUCAGAUGUUGAUUUGCGGGCUGUUCAGCCAUGGCGUGAUUUAAUCAUAUCCGUUCAUUUACAGCGGUUGUGGUUUCCUCUUCGUUGUAACCGCUGCCACCUGAGCUCCGCUGCUGUAGGACGUUUCCUCUAAUGUUGCUUCUAAUAUUCCGAGACCAUGAUUGGCUCACCAGAUGUGGUGGCAUUCACCAAAGAUGAUGACUUUGGAGAUUCAUACACAGAUCCGUGUUUGCUGCCGGAGGAGUUUUCUGUGCCUUUGUUUCCCCACGCUGCCAAUGCAAAUCCGUGGACGAAGACAUCCUAUGCAAAGUUCUCCAAGGAUUUCAUCCUCAUCUCUGAAUUUUCAGAGCAGGUUGGUCCACAGCCAUUGCUCACAAUACCAGAUGAUCCCAAAGUGUGUGGAACGUUUGACCUUAACUACUUCUCCCUGCGCAUCAUGUCUGUGGACUAUCAGGCCUCUUUUGUCGGGCAUCCUCCCGGCAGUAGCUACCCCAAGCUCAAUUUUGUGGAGGACUCAAAAGUUGUCCUCGGAGAUUCCAAGGAGGGAGCAUUUGCCUACGUACACCACCUGACCCUCUAUGAUUUGGAGGCCCGUGGCUUCGUACGUCCUUUCUGCAUGGCCUACAUCUCGGCAGAUGAGAGGAAGAUCAUGCAGCAGUUUCAGCAGCUCUCGUCUGGCUUUUCCAAGGCUUCGGAAUGCUUAAAAUCAGGAAAUAGAAAGGCAUUUGCAAACGAGUUGGCGAAGAAACUGAAAGACCUGGAAUAUACCAGAUCGGUCCUGCACAGAGAGACGGAGCAGCAGAAAAUGAACACUGGCUGUUAUUCCACACAGGUUAUCGAGAAAGCUAAUGAACUGGCAAACGUGGAAAAAUCAAUCUAUGAACAUAAAGAUUUGCUGAGGCAGAUUACUUCGUACCCUAGCAAAAAAGGGAGAGAUGCUGAUCAUGUGUGGUUUGAGCCAGAAAAGUCGUCUGACACAAAUAUAGUUGAUGAUAUGUUUACUUCCAAUCAUUCCAGAAAUGGGGAUAAUUGCACGGAACCAGAUAAUGGUAGUCAGCAACCCUCUUACACCCCCCAGCUUAUUAAAGCUAAGUCUGCAAAAUGUUUUGAUAAACGCUUAAAAACACUGGAGGAGCUCUGCGAUUCAGCCUUUUUUCACCAGACCAUGGACCAGUUAAAUUUAAUCGAAAAGACAUUCAGAGGAGAUCUGUGCUUUAUUUAUACCGGCCAGAUUGACCGGGCUCUUCUAGGUAAACAGAAAAUCACCAGUUUUCUCUUUGAGGAGGAGCGAGACUGGGAAGAAGAGGGAAGCUCAAGGAAUUUCUUUGACACAAACCACACCACACAUAAUGUACCACCAUCCAUUCUAUCCACUGAGCCAAUGAGUCUUGAUUCAUACACCACUUGUGUAGACAUAGGUCACAAUAAGCUGGAGAUUGAAUCUAUGGAAGGACCUCCGGAGUCCAGUAUAUCUGACAUCACACAGGAAACCUCUGAAGAUGCUAUCGACACUGAAACAAAAGGGAGUUUUGGCAGCGACCGGAGUAUUGAAGCACUUGGAAAUGUUAGUCCUGCAAAUCCUGAUGGCUUUGCGAGGAGGAGCAUCAAUGAAGUAUGCACUGUGACAUCAUUGGAGGAACAAGAAGUUCCCUCCACCACUGCUGCUGACAAAACAUCGUCUUCACUAGAACGUGAAGCGAAUAUGAAUACUGCCGAUGUGUUUGAACCUGAGAGUCUGGUCCAAAUGGACACUGCCUGCUGUAUGGGACAGGAUGGUUUUAUCUAUGAGGAACCUCUGCCUGAGCCUCUGCAGGCAUGUUGUGAGGACACAGUGGUCAAGCAGGAGCCUCUGUCCCUACUGCAGGGGGAUCUUGCUCUGCAGAUGGACUAUGAUGAGUCAACGUUGACUGUAGGCACACGUAUGGACAUGAUGCUUCCUGAGCUGAAUACCAGUGCUCUUACUGAGGAGAUGUCUAGAAUGAAUGUUGAAGAUCUCUCUGAUAGCACCAGUUACAUGAGCACCUCUACCAGCUCUGACAGAGCAGCGUCACCUUUUACCUACGGUGGUCUGAUCACACUGAAGCACAAGAAGAAAGCAGGUCACAGUGCUCUCCGGUUCAUCAGGCAAUAUCCAUUUGCGCAGCAAGCCAUAUUCUGUCUUCUGAGUGGCCGAACGCUUGUGGUUCUUGGAACUGAUGAGGGAACUGUAAGAAAACUGGUGAAUGCCUUGUCGAUAUUUGUACCCAACCUUGGGAAAUAUGGUGAAACAGUCCAGCCUUGGCUUUCCACAUCCUUUCAACUGACUGACCUUCAGAGAUGGAAACUUAUUGGACUACAGAGGGUUGCUUCACCGGCCGGUUCCAGUAUGCUGCAUUCCCUGAACCGCUACAGCCGAUAUAUCGGCAUCCUGGACUGUGACAACAAGACACUGCGAUGCCCGCCCUACAAAGGAACGCUAAUAAAUCACAUGGCGGACCACAGGACUCAGAUCAAACGCGGCAGCACCUACUAUCUCCACGUGCAGACCAUGUUGACUCAGCUUACAGCUAAGGCUUUCCUUUACACAUUCUGCCAUCAUGUUCACCUGCCCAUAACUGCAGAUGACCAGGGUUCUGUGACGUUGCGCAGGACUAACUUCUUGUUGCAGCUUGGCUACACUGAGGAGGAGAGUAAAAUAAUUCAAUUCCUGAGUGAGCUCAUCAAGCAGCAUUUCCUUCAGGGGCCUUUAAAAGGUGUCAGUCAGUCUUUCUUCAAUUUCAACUACACCACCAGCUACUUGUAUAAAAUCUGAAUAUGAAUGUGCCCUUUUCUGUUGAUGUUUUUGGUGGUUUCAUAUCAUAUUAUGCCUUUUCGUCCACUUCAUCUCUGCUAAAAUCAGGAGACCAAGAUGUGCUGAAUGUAUUAGAUUCUUGUUCUCUUUCUUUUGUUUUUGUUUUUUUUUCAUACAAAACAAUAAGGCCAUAAUGGACAGCCUGAUGUCACCAAUGUGGUCUUGAAUUUUGUUCCGUGUUGUGCAGUUUACAGCUUUGCAACAUGUUUUCCCAAAGCUUUAAAGGAAAGGUCUGUUCUGCUGAAAUGUCCUUAUUUGGUUCUUGUUUUGUUUGAAGAUCCUUAGGAAGUCCACUACUCUUGAUUAGAACUUAUUCAUAACAGUAAAAGUACAUGCGCAUAGGCUUAAAAAAAUCUAUAAAGGCUACUUUUGGUUAUGAGCAUAAUCUGUUUGCACUAGAGAAUGCAAGGCAUACUGUAAAACAAAGUGGAAGUGGUUCAAUUACCAAAUGGAAUAAAUGGCGACCUGCUUACAGAUAUUGCCGUGAAGAGUAGAAUCAGCCCAUCAGAAUGAGUGACCAGAACUGGUGCAUAGAUGAUGGAUUUCUGAAAUUUGCCAUCUUCUGCUUACAUCAGGAAAUUUUCUGCUUGAAAAAUAUUGGGCAGCAUUUCACCAGAUGGAGUACAAAGCAGUAUUUUGUAUCUCUUUAACAUGUCAUUGCAAUUUUGAACAUAAACAUAAAAAAAACUGUACAAUAUUGACAAUAAUUGUCAUCUACUAGCAAAAGCAAAGAUCUAAAGACUUCCUGAUGCUUGCAGUCUAAGCCUGUAAAAUAAUCUACAGAUUAAUGAUUAAUACUGGUGUACAUGCAAAAAAAAAACCAACAGUGGUUUCCCUCUAAUUGUAUACUACAAUAUCUUAAAUAUACCUACUCUACUACAAGGUUUUGUAAAGACAACUAGGCAAUGUAGGAAUUUGCAAUAGACUGCUGGGAGCGAGAGCCGAGUGACCAACUGCCAUCUGCGUGUUUUUUAACCUAUUAUGUACUGAAGUAAAAGAAUGUACUGCAUGGAAAAAUGUCACAUAGGUGAGAUGUUACAUGACGUUCUGCAUGUUUGGAGAAUACAAAGACUAACGAUAUGGUGGUCUUCCUAGCCACAUCCAUUUGUAUCUCACAUGUGGAUACCAUUCAGCCUGAUAUAAUCUGUUGUCUCUACGUUGUGUGCAAAUGUCAGCAUGAGUAAGUGUUGUUGGAUGGAGUGGCACUUUAUAAUAUUGGCUCAGAAUCAUAAUCAAAAUGAGGAGUUACCAAGUAAUGGUGGCGAUGGCCAAAAAACAGUUUGUUCUCAUUACUGUUCUUCUCACUACCGCACGGCCGUCUGUCCCACAUUCAGAUUCACUGAGGACUGCCACCACUUUCAGUUGCAUUUUAUAUGUAUUACUUUCUAUUUGUAAUCUGUCCAUAGCCUCUAUGAAGAAUCGUCCGAAACAGAUAUUAUAUACAUUCAGUCGAAUGUGAACAACAAGCCAUACCAUGAUGUGCGCACUGUGUCUGCUAAGAUGCUGUGUAUUUGAACAAAUUUUCUUUCACAGUUUUCGUCUGAAACAAGCCUGGAAGAGUGUUGCUCACUGAGUACGUGUUUAGAAAGUAUUGUGAAUUUGUGUGAGGUACGGUAAGAUGUUAUCUUUAUUGAAAGUGAUUUGUGAAUGUAUAAGUGAAUAUUGGGAGUGAUCCAAGUGCACUAAGUUGUUGCCCACUCUGUUUCUUGCCUUUGAGUUUCAUUAAAAUAUCUCUCAUACAA